UCCUCGGUAGCAACGGUUCGGCGCCCGGAAGUCCUUCUUCAACUAGUUUUCUAGGGAGUGAUGAUUUGGAAGGAUUGUUCCAGCAACGGUGGAGAGGACAGUGACAGUGACUUUAAGCUUUGUGAGAAGUUUAACUCUAAGCUUAAACAUCUAAAAUCAACAGCCGUAAUGAGUUCGUCCUCUUCGUCCAAUCAACCCAAUAAUCUUCCGGCAAGCACCAAGGGAUUACUUACGGUGUUUGACAAUGCCAAUGCCAGUGUGAUGGCCACGGCCUUGAUAGUGGCCGGACCGGCGGCAGAAUCGAAAAAAGAUUGUCCAUUCGGAGGAACAACGCACGUGAGCUCGAUGCUGGAAUCUGACGAGGAUAUGUCGGAUUUCUCCUCGAACGAAAGUGAUAUGGAAGAAGAGUCUCGUCACUCGAAUGAUGAAAAGAAUGAAAGUUCCCCGAAGGAUACCCUCAACUCGUCCUGCUCGAGAUUGACGAGCCUUUCGACACCACCGCCGGUUUUACCGGUCCUUAACCUGGCCGGUACUAAACUCGGCAUCGGGAGCGGAACCACGGUGAGAAAAAUUUUCACCAACACCCGGGAACGAUGGCGCCAGCAAAACGUUUCGGGUGCAUUUGCGGAGCUCCGAAAACUUGUACCGACACAUCCCCCAGACAAAAAACUGUCCAAAAAUGAGAUUCUUCGAAUGGCUAUAAGAUACAUCCGUUUGCUGACGAAUGUCCUGGAAUGGCAGAAGAAACAAGAACAGUUGGAACGAACAACUGAAGCGCAGGAAUCCUGUAAAUCCAUCCAAAUCAACGGCCAUGGAAAGUCUGCUCAGCAAAAGUUCCACACCAGAAAUAACGAGAACCACUUUACCGGAAACUUCCGCGAAAAUGGGAACAAUUUGCUGAUGGUAGUACCGAAACCAUUUAGUAAGAUGCAUCUUUCGCAAAAGUGUUCCACGGAAUUCAACGCUGGACCCGGUUUUAGGAUGUCUCAGAUCAAAAUGGAAGCGGGCGAAUGUUUCGGUCCCACGAUUGAAAAGAUUAAACUGGUCAGCAAACUUUGUCCCGUUGGCCGUAUCGGGAAAAGUGGGCUAAAAAAUAGAAGAAAAAAUAUUCCUCUAGGAACAAUAACCGAUGGGUUGAAGUGUGGUGACAUUAUUGGUGAAGAUGCUGGUGGUGGAAAUGGGAAAUAUCGGCUUGAAAGUGAGAUUAAACGGGAGAUUAAUCAAUGUCAAGGAUCGGCGGAACUCGAGGAAGGUCACCAUUCCGAAGAUCAACGGAACAAAAAGAAUCCCGAAGAUGAGGUUUCCGGUAACAAAAGAAAGCCAAAGUAUUGAACUGAAAUAUGUUAGGCAACGCAAUACACAGUUUCGUUAAUUGUUUGUUUUUUUAUGUUAAGUGUACCAUUUAAACUGUCUCAAGUUUAGAAACCUACCUAAAAAGGCAUUGUGUUAGCUAAUCGAUUGCCAAAAUUUAUUCUAUAGUAUUUUUUUGUCAAAUAAAUUUCCAA